AUGCCGCGCUCCACGACCGCCCGGUCGAUGCCGCCGGCGCCGCUGGCCGCCCUGGCCGCGGCGCUCCUGGCGCCCUCGCUGGCCUACGCCCAAGAGGCCACAAAGGUCGACAACAACUCGACCGCCACCGUCAUCUCGUCGCUCGUCCUCAACGCCGCCAUCUUUGGCGUCCUCAUCGCCGUCUUCCUCCUUGCCCGCCCGCGCUUCCGCAACAUCUACUGGCCCCGCACCUACCUCACCGUGCCCGAGGAGCGCGUCGACGCACCGCCAAAGUCCCUCUUUGGCUGGAUCCCCGUCUUCCUCCGCACCCCCACGACGGAGAUCUACAAGAAAAACGGCCUCGACUCGUACAUGUUUGUCGAGUACCUCGAGAUGAUGCUCUGGAUCUUUGUCCCCGUCUGGUUCAUCUCGUGGGCCGUCCUGAUGCCCGUCUACGGCGCAAAGACGACCGGCGGUCUCACCGGCUUCAACCGCUUCACCUACGCCAACGUCGGCCAGAACGAGCAGGAGUCGAAGCGCUUCGCCGCCCCCCUCAUUCUCCAGUACCUCUUCACCGCCUGGCUCCUCUACAACGUCCACACCCGCAUGCGCCGCUUCAUCAAGCUGCGCCAGGAGUUCCUCGUCUCGCCCCGCCACGCCGACACGGCCCAGGCCAAGACGGUCCUCAUCACGGGCGUCCCCAACGAGCUGCUCAGCGAAAAGAAGCUCACCGCCAUGUACUCGCAGAUGCCCGGCGGCGUCGCCCGCGUCUGGAUCAACCGCGACCUCAAGGAGCUGCCGGACCUCGUCGACGAGCGCGCAAAGUGGCUCAACAAGCUCGAGGCCGCCGAGACCAAAGUCAUCAAGCUCGCCUACAAGCGCGUCAAGAAGGGCAAGGCCCAGGACGCCUCGGCCGACGCCGACAGCGAGAUGAACCCGGACAUCGCCGAGCGCUACAUUGAGAAGAAGCAGCGCCCCACGCACAAGCUCGGCGCGCUCGGCUGCUUUGGCGAAAAGGUUGACACGCUCACCUGGUGCCGCGAGCGCAUCGCCGAGCUCAACAAGCAGAUUGACCAGAAGCGCUCCGACGUCGCCCACGACUACAAGACCUACCCGCCGCAGAACAGCGCCUUUAUCCUCUUCCGCACCCAGAUCGCCGCCCACAUGGCCCAGAAGACGCACGCCCACCACCUGCCCUACCGCAUGGGCGAGCGCUACGUCGAGGCCCACCCGGACGACGUCGUCUGGGCCAACCUCAACAUGAACCCCUACGAGCGCAAGGUCCGCACCGCCAUCGGCUGGGCCAUCACCGUCGCCCUCAUCGUCUUCUGGACCAUCCCCGUCGGCUUCGUCGGCAUCGUCUCCAACGUCAAGGGCCUCAGCCAGGACGUGCCCUUCCUCGGCUGGCUCGGCGACCUUCCUCCCGUCGUCACCGGCAUCAUCCAGGGUGUGCUGCCGACGGUGCUCCUCGCCGUGCUCAACAUGCUGCUGCCCAUCAUCCUCCGCCUGCUGGCCCGCCUUAGCGGCGUCCCCACCCGCUCCGGCAUCGAGCUCUCGCUCCAGACGCGCUUCUUUGCCUUCCAGGUGGUGCAGAACUUCCUCGUCCUCACCCUCAUCUCGGGCAGCGCCUCGCAGAUCUUCAACUUUGUCUCCGAGGUCGGCAGCAACCCGGCCAGCUUCCCCGGCCUGCUGGCCCAGGCCAUCCCCAAGGGCUCGACCUUCUUCCUGUCGUUCAUCGCGCUCCAGGGCCUGUCGGGCGGCGCCGCCCUCUUUGCCCAGACGACGCCGCUGAUUGUCUACUACGUCAAGAAGUUCCUGCUCGGCUCGACGCCCCGCAAGGUGUGGCACAUUGACCACGACCUGCGCGGCGUCGCCUGGGGCACUCUCUUCCCCGCCAUCUCGCUCAUCACCGUCAUCGGAACGGGCUAUCUCGUCAUCGCGCCCAUCAUCAACGGCUUCACCGCCGUCACGUUCCUCAUCUUCUACCUCGGCUACCGCUACCUCUUCCUCUACGUCUACGACACCCGCCCCGAGAGCGAGACGUCGGGCCUCUACUUCCCCAAGGCCGUCACCCACAUCUUUGUCGGCCUGUACGUCGAGAUGGUGAUGCUCUGCGCCCUCUUCUUCCUCACCCAGUACGGGCCCGAGGGCUCCAAGACCCAGGCCGCCAUCCCCGAGGGCGCGCUCAUGGUCGUCCUCAUCGUCCUCGUCGCCGCCUACCACUACAUCCUCAACAACUCGCUCAAGCCCCUCUACACGGCGCUGCCCCUCUCGCUCGUCCCGCCCAGGGACGCCGCCGCGGUGGCGUCGACCGGCGCCGGCGGCGCACACACGGGCGCCGACCUGCGCGUCUCGGGCGAGACGAGCACCGAGAAGAAGCCGCUGAUGAUGCAGUCGAGCGACAACGUGGCGCCCGCCUACAGCACCAACGGCGGCGGCAGCCACCUCGGCGACGCCCACCACGGCAUCGACGCCCACGCCGUCGACAUGAAGAACCUCGAGAAGCGCCAGCCCGGCAGCGAGGGCGCCGCCGACAUGGACGACGCCUUUGUCCACCCGGCCGCCCGCGACCCGCAGCGGCCCGUCUGGAUCCCCAACGACAAGUUUGGCAUCGGCCGCGCAGGCGUCGCCGCCGCUCGCCAAGCGGGCGUCGAGGCGACGACGGACAACACGUCGGUCAACGACAAGGGCCACGUCGAGACCGACGCCUACGAGCCUCCGGGCGAGCCCCGAGUCUAG